UGACAUUGUUAUUGAGUCGCCGCGAAAGUUCAAAGUUUCGCCACAACUGUGCAGUUGUACUAGAAAAAUGACUAUUGGGGUUAUGGAAGAGCGUAAUCAAGACGCCACAAUAUAUGUUGGUGGAUUGGACGAAAAAGUUAACGAAUCAAUCCUUUGGGAACUUUUUCUUCAGGCGGGACCAGUAGUCAACGUUCACAUGCCUAAAGACCGAAUAAACAUGCAGCAUCAGGGUUACGGAUUUGUAGAGUUUAUGACGGAAGAAGAUGCCGACUAUGCUAUGCGUAUUAUGAACAUGAUUAAAUUGUAUGGGAAGCCUAUUCGCGUAAAUAAAGCAUCAGCGAAUCAGAAAAAUCUUGAUAUAGGUGCUAAUAUUUUUAUUGGCAACUUAGAUCCUGAGGUAGAUGAAAAGCUACUGUACGAUACUUUCAGUGCAUUUGGUGUUAUACUGCAAACUCCAAAAAUUAUGCGUGACCCUGAAACAGGAAAUUCUAAAGGGUACGCAUUUAUCAAUUUUGCAAGUUUUGAAGCUAGUGAUGCAGCAAUUGAAGCGAUGAACGGACAGUAUCUUUGUAAUCGAGCCAUCACUAUCUCAUAUGCAUUCAAAAAAGACAGUAAAGGUGAACGCCAUGGCUCAGCUGCUGAACGUUUGUUAGCUGCCCAAAGUCCUCUUUCUCAAGCUGAGCGCCCACAUCAGCUGUUUGCAGAUGCCCCACCACCUCCUCCUCCUCCGCCCCCACCCGCCCUGCUUGCAGGGACUAUGGCCCAUUCAGUUCCAACCAUGACAUCUAUCACAAUACCUGCUGGAUCUCUAGUCAUGCCGCCGCCUCCGCCUCCGCCAAUUCAAACCGCCUUGGUGGGAUUCGGGCAGUCUAUGGUUCAUGGUGCCAUGCCACCCCCUCCCCCACCUCCCCCACCACCUGUUCUGCCGAUCCCUGUUGCCUCCGCUGCUCCGACAUCCUUCCCACCUCCGCCGCCGCCUCCUCCGUCUAACUUUUCUGCACCUCCACCACCACCGUUUCAAGGAUUUCCACUCCAAGCCCCAGACCAGCAGUAGCAAACGACAGGAUCUACAGCUCCUGGACCUACACAAGUUGCAUAACAAUAACAGUAUUUCUGAUGUUUCCAGUUUCCUCUAUAAAAUAUAGUGUAAAGU